AUGAGCCGAGUCGGUUUUAUACACGGGAUUUUUCGGUGCGGUCUCGCCAUUUUUUUGGCUGGCGCGCUUCUGGAACCGAUUUCGUCUUCUGCAUCUGGAGAAGACCCCGCGACCGCCACCGUGCCAAGCUGCGACGCGACGGGAAGGGCAACGGGCCCGCUUAGAGAAGAGCUUACUCUGACUCUCACUCCUGGCGAAGACAGCGUUUCGUUCAUGUGUAGCUCCAGUCAGCAAACAACUCGGCAACCAGAAGAGGGGAAAGUCUAUGGCGAUGAUUGCUCUUCUGAUGAAGACCUGACGUCAGUGUUUGAACGUGCAACGCUAGACGAAGAACACGAAACAGGCAACCAAAAGACAACCUACAAAUUGACAGUCCCAAAGACUUCCCGCACGGCAAGGAAAGUUCUGUGCUAUAAAUGUGCCGUGAAUGUGGGAAGGAAACGCGCUACAGAAAGCGAGGGGCGUCAGCCUGAAGCUGGAAACGAGUGCAAGGUCAAAAUCACCGUUGAGCAGGUCGAGCAAACGACGCCUGAACCCGAGGAAAAUGCCGAGCAACAAGCAGGGCCCAUCGAAUGCACAGGUAGUGACACAAUGAAGGAGGCAAGUGUCUCCGCAGAAUCUCCUCUCUCAUUCAAAUGUGGAGCUGGAAUGUCCCUGCACCCGACAAAUUUGACAGACGUGUUUGAUGACCAGGACGGGAAGUGCGCCGCUGAGGUUGCGCUGCAGACUCUCGUUGACGCCACAUUAACAAAAACUGACGCUGAAGCCACACAUAACGAACAGCCAGUAUACCGGCUUGUUGUGAAAACGGCUCCCCCUGAAGACACUGCCCUCUGCUACAAGUGCGUACCUUCAUCGCCCAGCGAAACAGAAAUAGAGAUACAAUCUGAAGGAGAAUCGACAGCGAAGGAAUGCCUUCUGAAAAUAUCUGUGAAGGGAAGCGCGUCUUCCGCGUUUUCACCGACCUGGGGACCUGCCCACGGAGCCGCUGCUUUCUUUGUGGCAGCACAAUUGUUGCGAGGCAUGGUUGGCGCGUAG